GCACUCCAGCCUAGGCGACAGAGCAAGACUAUGUCUCUAAAAAAUAAAUAAAUGCAUACAUAAAAAUAAAACUAUAUUUUAGCCAUUUGUAAGGUAGUUACAUAUGGAGGGGUUUUUCUGUGUUUUUUUUUUUUUUUUUGCUUACUGAUCCGUUUACUAAGGCUUCAGCAUCAUGUAGAUCCAAUGACUGAAGUUUAUAAUAUAUUAAAUACGUAUCUAUCAUCUAUUAUAUCUUAUAUUGGAAGAGCUGGAAAGGCACACUCUCUUUCAUUGGUCUAGAGUGUCUUGGCUCUUUUCAGACAUCUAUUGUGUCAUACGUUUUAGAAUUAGCUGUCAACACAAGCCAUAAAGAACGAAAUCACAUACUUUGCAGCAACAUGGCUGCAGCUGGAGGCCAUUAUCCUAGGCGAAUUAAUGCAGGAACAGAAAAUCAAAUACUGUACUUCUCACUUAUAAGUGGGAACUAAACAUUGGAUGGAUACUCAUGGACAUGAAGAUGGCAAAAAUAGACACUGGGAAUACUAGAAGGGGGGAAGGGUUGAAAAUCUAAUUAUUGGGUACUAUUUUCACUACCUGGGUGAAGGGAUCAAUCGCACCCCAACCCCACCAUCACUAUAUAUAUUCAUGUAACAAAACUGUACAUGUACCCUCUGAAUCUAAAAUAAAUGUUAAAAAUUUUUUUAAUUAGCUGUCAAAUUUUUAAAAAAUAACUAUAGGGUAUUGACUAGCAUUGUGUUACUAUAUACGUGUGCACACGCACAGUUUGGGAAGAACUGAAUUAUUUACAACUUUUAGUCUUCCCAUCUGCACAUUUCUCGCUAAUAUUCUUGGUUUUUUUUCUAAUUGACAAACAUUUUUCCCCCAUUACAGUUUCUAAUAGUUAUUUGGUGAUUACUAGUUCUUGUGAAACAGGUAUGUUUUCAUAUCCUCCUUGUACAAAUGGCUUAAUAGUGCUUAAGGAGUUUAUUGUCAAGACAUGGAAGACUGCUAAAGACAAGCAAAAUAGAAUCAUUUCUGCCCCUCAGCUUAGGCAGCCCUUGAGGAGGAAAUGCCAAUUGUUCCCUUUAAUGUUUGGAAAAAGAAAUGUGAUGAUUGUAGCUCUUAAGGCAGACAACUAAAAAAUCUUGUUGAAAUGGAUUUCUUCUAGGAAUUCAGGGCCUCUCUUCAGACUCUACAAGUCAUAUGCUCUAUUAAAGCAUAGUUUCCACGAUAACUACUUGCUGGCAUAAAGGCCACGAACAGUUCUUACUUUCUGGGGUCAUUCUUCAAAUUAACAACAAAGUCCACCCCAUCCCUUACCCCUACCCCUAGGUAUGAUAAUUUCAUCUCCACGAAAACAUAUUACUGCUAAACCCAAGCGGUUCAGCAUGCCACUUUUCGGAUCUGAUGUCAAUUUACAAUCCCUCAAAGCUCAAAAGCUACUUUUUCCUUUUGUCAGCAAGACACUUCCACCCUCGUGUGUCUUGUACAUACUGAUAGUUAGGUCACAGUAAACAUUCAUUGAAUUUUAACUGGGAGCAUUUUGGAUGGAAAUCAAGACACCUGGGAUUAACUGUAAAACCCAUGAUAAAUUAUACCAAACGAAUGAACAAGAAGCAAGCACUACGUGUUUUUCCCUUUGAGACAGUCUCACUGUUACCCAGGCUGGAGUGCAGUGGCGCGAUCUCGACUCACUGCAACUUCCGCCUCUCAAGGUAAAGCGAUGCUCCUGCCUCAGCCUCCCGAGUGGCUGGGAGUACAGACGCGCACCACCACGCGGGCCAAUUUUUUAAAAAUUGUUUGUAGAGACGGGUUCUCCCUAUGCCUAUGCUGCCAAGGGUGGUCUCGAACUCCUGGGCUCAAGAGAUUCUCCGGCCUCGGCCUCCCAAAGUGCUGGGAUUACAGGCGUGGGCGUGUAAGCAUAUAUAUACAUGCUUUUUUUUUCCCGAGGACCUGGUCCCCGAAGCACCAAUUUCCCUCAACAGUCAUUUAGAAAACGAGGCUCACAGACAAAACACAAACAAAUAACUUUUUCGCUGGAGGAUUAUAACUGCAAUAAAAGAUGAGAUCCCAAAGCAACCUGAGACACUGCCUUGCCCUGAUUGGAAAGGGGAUUCCGGUGAUUAGUGAAAGAUGACUCCUGCAUCCCUCGCGUGCGUCCGUAUCCGGGAGCAGCCACUAGGUAACUGUAGAGGCCACUGCAAUUAAUCGGCUUGUACAGCCAGGAGCGGAAACCCGAGAGUCAGUUCAACCACAGCCACCCGCGUGCGCCCGCGGAAAGCCGAUGGCCUACUCUCGUCGGGCGCGCACUGGUUUCCUGGGUUACCGGCCUCAGCGCUCCUCCCGCUUUCUUUUCCGGGAGGCGACAAUCUGACGCUCUCAGCGCGUGACGCAGCACGCUUUGAUAUAAAUACAGACCGCGCGGCCGUAGCUUCCUCUCUGCUCUCGCGGCCGACUCGCAAGAUGGCGCCGCAGAAAGACAAGAAGCCCAAGAGGUCAACCUGGAGGUUUAAUUUGGACCUUACUCAUCCAGUAGAAGAUGGAAUUUUUGAUUCUGGAAAUUUUGAGCAAUUUCUACGGGAGAAGGUUAAAGUCAAUGGCAAAACUGGAAAUCUCGGGAAUGUUGUUCACAUUGAACGCUUCAAGAAUAAAAUCACAGUUGUUUCUGAGAAACAGUUCUCUAAAAGGUAUUUGAAAUACCUUACCAAGAAAUACCUUAAGAAGAACAAUCUUCGUGAUUGGCUUCGAGUGGUUGCAUCUGACAAGGAGACCUACGAACUUCGUUACUUCCAGAUUAGUCAAGAUGAAGAUGAAUCAGAGUCGGAGGACUAGGCAAAGGCUCCCCUUACAGGGCUUUGCUUAUUAAUAAAAUAAAUGAAGUAUACAUGAGAAAUACCAAGAAAUUGGCUUUUAGUUUAUCAGUGAAUAAAAAAUAUUAUACUCUUGAA